AUGUCGUUUUUCAGCACCAUCAAGGGUUUUACGAGAAGUUCGAAGAAGAAAAACCAAAAUAAGCUAGGUAACAAUUAUAACGAACUUUACUUGAACAACGACUCAUCGACAUCGCUCAAUUACAACCAAAACACGCAGGCGUCACUAUAUUCAAAUAAUAAUGGAUCCUCGCUUUCCCUAAGAAGGACACAUUCACCAUCCAAGCAAUCUGUCAGAUCGCUUAAAUCUGUCAACCAGACUCGCCAGCAACAAAGCAAACAGGCACCAAAGCCGCUUUUCAUUUGUGAGCCAUUUGUAAAAAUUGCGCUUGUCAAAGGUUCAUAUAAAACCAUCGUUCAACUACCGAAAUAUGUGGAUUAUCAUGAGUGGUUAGCCCUAAACACUUUUGAAUUAUUUAACCAUCUGAACAAAUUCUAUGGAGUGAUAGCUGAAUACGUGACUCCUGACCGCUACCCAAUCAUGACCGCAGAUCCGAAAACUGAAUACGUCUGGAUGAUGCCAAACGGCAAAACCGUCUCUCUUCCUGCGAAUCAAUAUAUUGAUCAUGCCUUGACAUGGAUUAACAAUAAGAUCAACGACCAGACGAUAUUUCCAACAAAAUCAGGAAUGGCAUUUCCUCCUUCGUUCUUGAAGGAAAUAAAGGGAAUAUACAUUCAAAUGUUUAGAAUCAUCGCGCACAUCUUUCACAAUCACUUUGACAAGUUUGUUCAUCUAUCACUAGAAGCACAUUGGAACUCGUACUUUGCUCAUUUCAUUUCUUUUGUCAUUGAAUUUGACUUAAUCGAUAAGCAUGAACUUGAACCUCUAAGAAUGCUAAUUGACAACCUGGAAACGCAGGGGAAAAUCAUACCAUUUAGUAAGAAUACUCUCUAGGACAUCCCACAUACCAUGAUCGAACCCACGAACACUAGGCUAUAUUUUAAUAUAGUCUAAUAUAUAUCCUUCGUCAUAUAUGUACAUAUAUAUACAAGGCGUACAUGUAUCAAGAAAAGAAAUAUGGGCUAUCUCUCACCACAUUCACGUCGAACUCGCCCUUCAGAGGGAUAGGUGGUAAGUCAAAAGGCACUAGAAUCGAGGUGGCAUUCUUACCCUCAAAUCCAAGGGCGUUUUUAUAGUUGCAUUUUUCAGCGAUGGUCACCGGCGUGACCAUUUUUUGCGCUCUUUCAAUAUCAUCCUUAUUACCAGACUGCAGUAAUAACUGUCUCUUUCUUUCCGUCAUUGCUUCGUCGAUCAGAGUCGGGCUUCUCUUGAGCUUUGAAAGCAAUCCCUGGCGGAACUUUUUAUACUCCAUAGCGAGAUCGCUGGCACUAUUAACCUCCACGACCAUCAGAUUCUUACCAUAUCUCAUUCUAAGUUCUUUAUCCAGUUUCUCAAUCAGGUUAUUCGUGUGCAAAUGGAUGAAUUGCUCUCUAAGGAUUUUGUUCAUGACUGAGACAUCUGACGCAUGAGUCCAAUAAGAAUCAUGAACUGAAGCAAAUACAAGUCCUGCUUCUGAACAUUUGUUGGCGGAUAAUACCAUAUGAGUGGCAUCUAAGGAGUGAAUAAAGUUUGGAGGGAACCCACUAGCCUGCUUACGACCAUCGACACGUUUCACUUGAUAAGGAUCAACAAUUGUGAUUGUUUGCAUCGUAGUCUGGACUGGCCUUCCCUUGUACUCUCUGUAAGGCUGAACAACAGGCAAUCCCAUGGGAGUCGUCCAGAUAACAGAGCACAUGUAAUCAGUAUCUUGAGGAAUGUCGAUGUCUGUUCUAACAGAUUUGCUAAUCCUCUUUGCGGCAAUUAUGAGCCAGUCUUGGAUCGCAUGGGCGUUGUCAAACAGCUCUCUGAUAGCCUUGAAAACUUUUUGUGUCAAGUAUUUUGAAGACAUAGACAUAUACUUUUCAUCAAAUUCAAUGUCCUUCAGUCUCUUCGUAAUCUGUGCACGCGCUCCAACGUAGGUAACACCAUAAACACUGGUCAUCACAGUUUGCUUAACCAGUUUUCUGCUAAUGACAUCCUUCACUAAUUUGGCCUCCUCCAAUCCAGCCUCAAGAUCUUCUUGAACAGACUUUUCCACCAGAUGAGCAACAUGGGUGUAAACAUCAGAUGGUUUGUCAGCAGGCACCAAAUUGACUUGUCUGGCACCUUCAAUAUCACCACCAAGCGCAGCGUAGUGUUGAAGGCCAUUACAAGUUCCAUCCUGAUGCACAGGUUGAUGAGAAAUGAACUUGGUAGGAUCCGGUAAUCUGAAAGCUUGCUCCAGCUCCAUUGCAGAAGCCAAAAAUUGCCAAGGCUUGUCUGCCUUCACCCACAUUCUAGAGCCACCCAGAGGAUCUCUGGCUGACUCAAAAAUCUCGUCCAGGUGAUCAUCAACAUACUUCACUCUGUCAUCCAGCGAUAACUUAUCAAAUCCCAUAAGAUUGCAAACAUGGAUUUUGAGCCACCUCAAACCUUCCUCACCCAGCUGUUUUCCAUUCCAAAACUUCAGUAACCCUCUCGACAAAUCAUUUCCGAGAUGGUUAAAGUAUGGAGGCAUCGGAUAAGCUCUGCCUCUAAAAUCGAGGGAAUGAGGAAAGUAAAUUCGUUCACCAACAUAUGCCCUCGCAAUUUCCAAUUUAUAAUUGGUAUCACAUCUCAUCGAGCGAUCUUUCGAAAACUCUCGACAAAUAGCCUGGCACUUUCUCUUGUGUUUGAAAAAUUCUUCGAGACUGGCAUCUGUCGAAGGCUGAGGAGGCAGGUUUAAUGUUUCCCGGAACUUAGGUAUAUCCAAAAAUUCCUCUCCUGUAUUCCACACCUGAAUCAUGACCUUGAGCACCUCCUUGUUCACCGUCCAUGCAGUAGAUCCCAAAUUGUUUAGGGCUUGAAGGACUGUAUCCAUUUUACCUUUGAUAGCGGCUGUACGCGCAUAGGCGGCUUGUUCUGGCGAAUUUUUAGCCUUCAACACCGCAGAUUUCUUCAGGUAAUAGCCACCAUCAUUAUGGGUGGUCCAUGGACGUGGUUUUGCAAUCAUUGGCAUGAAAUGAGGCUGGAGAGUGUUGUCCACUCUUUCCGUGCCUAGCUUGGAAGCAAACUUGGUAUUCAAUUUGAUGACACCCACUUUACUUCCAUUUUGGUAAUCAUAAGUGUGAUAGAAUGCAGGGGCUAAAGCGGUCUUGGUAUCGCCUGUGAUUGGAUCGGUUCCUUCCACAUCGACUUUGGCGACCUGUAGAAGUAGAGAAAGCAUAACAGAUCCGACACGGCACCGGCUAUCUGUAUCCCAGCUGACAAAAGCAAUCGAUUGCCCAGCAGAAGACUCAGCUCGUUUUUCAGCUUCGCGAAUCAGCUGAGAGGCUUUUGUGCCCCUGACAAAUUUCUUGAAUUCAGGAGUCUUCCUUAUGGCCCUGAAAUUCUUAUUAACAUCGAUAUCCGCAGCAAGUAAUCUUUGAGCUUUGAAUUCCAAUUCCAUAGCACGACCGAUUGCCAUAACGACUUUGGAAACCGGGGCCCCAUGAGCCAGAUCUGAAGAAACGCAGGUUUUGAUGACCUCUAAUAUAGUCGUGAUCGCAGACUUUGAAGGUUUUAACAACGUUAAAUAUGGACCAUGCUUCAAUUUUUCCAAAUACCUUUCUUUAUCAAAACUCGACGUGUCCUCGAGCUGAUUUUCUUUCUCAAGCUUCCGUGCAACCCAAUAUUCUUCAAUCUCUUGCUCAAUCAAAGGCUGCAUGUUGGUAAGCCAGUCAUGCAAAUAUGAUCCUAUGGAUGCUGGCAUGCUCUUGUCUUUUAUAUUUUCAAAUUCAUGUUCCCAUUUUAGUCUCGCAGCUUCAACACUAUUUGACUCGACUUUCUUCUGGCGCUCUUCAGAAACAAUGUCUAGAAUGAGAUCAAAUUUCUCGUGUUGCUCUAAUGGUAAUGCGCAUUUCAUUUCAAAGAAAUCAACCUUCGUUUCUAAGUUUUCGUAUUUCUCAUAAUUGAUGUCUAGCUUCUCCUGCUUGGCGAGAGCAAAAAACUUAUCUAAAAAUUGACCAUCCCCAUUGUAGGAAUCCACUAAUCCUAAAAGUGUAUGUCUUAUUGCUUUCAAAUUGAAUGAAGAAACGGGUAUGAGCUCCUCCAUUUGAUUGUCCACUAUUGCUGGUGCUCUGCCUUCUUCUGCGUCCUUUUGAGGGGAUCUUUUGUGCUGAUGAUUCUCUAUAUGAUCAUUAUCUGCUUCUGCUAAUGAUUCCAAAUUUGUGUCAAUUGUGUGGUCUUCAAGAACAGUACUUCCAUCUUCAUUAUCCUUCCCCAUCAAUAAGCCAAAGAACUUUUCAUAUUCUGAGGGAAGCUCGCUGACCAAGGUCGGAUCUGCAGCAAGUAGUGUCCUGAUGUUGUUGACACCAAUGACGUCAACGAAUCUCAAAAUAUCAGCCCUUUUGUUGCGAAACUUCCUCAAGUUGUAUUGAUCAAAUUCUUCAAAGAUGUCAGCAAGGGAAGCGUUCUUUUCAAACUUCAGCUUUAUGAUCCAAGCGAUUAUUCUAGGUUCGUUUUUUAAUGAUGAGUCAAAGGCAGUAAAUGUGUUUAGCCAACACUCCACAUCCGCCAUUGACACAUCUUCACUGCGGCCCCAUGUAGCAAGAAACUCACAUAUUCCAUCGUAAAAAUAUUUGUGCGGAUUGUUCGGAUCUGAAGCGUUAUUCAAGGAUGCAAGACUCUGCAAUAUCAAAUCGGCUCUUUCAUAAUCUUUAGAGAACAAACAGGCUUCAAAAAGACUCCAAGAUUUGAAAAACUCACUAGAGCUAGGUGUAAGCACAUUAUCAACUGACGAUGAAAGGAGGAUUUCUUCAAGGUCUGAUUUCUGGUCGUGAAAAACCUUUUUAGAAUUUAAGAUGGCGGUUGUCUGGUGUGAGCCCUUCCCGAGGGCCUGGCUUGCGUAUGAUGUCGCCUU